GAGGGGGGGUGCCUCUUCACCAGUUCUUCACCGGGAGGUAGAAAGUUGAAGUCGGGGGAAGUUUCCAGCAGCAGAGACGGGGCUUACUCGCUCAGAUAGCGGGGAGGGGUGCGGGUCCAACAUGGGAAACGGGGUGUGCUCACGGAGGCAGCGCAGGAUCUUCCAGUGUCUCCUGCUGGUCACCGUGGUGUGCGGGAUGAUGUACGGGGGUAUGAUGUCGUAUGAGAUACACAAACAGCUGAAGAGGACGGAGGCCAUGGCACUCAAGUACCAGCAACACCAAGAGUCGCUCUCGGCGCAACUCCAAGUGGUGUAUGAGCAUCGCUCCAGGUUGGAGAAGUCUCUUCAGAAGGAGAGGUUAGAGCACAAAAAGGCCAAAGAAGAUUAUCUGGUUUAUAAACUGGAAGCACAACAGUCACUGAACAAGGAGAAGCAAGACUCCAGCAGCAGAUUCAACUCUUUACAAGUGCAGCACCAGAUGCUGAAGAACCAGCAUGAGGACCUGAAAAAGCAGUAUUACGACCUGCACGAACAGCAUCAAGUCCAGGGCGACGAUCACAACCGGCUCCUGAAUGAACACAAAGAUCGCUUUGAUAAACUUCAGCAAACCAAAGAGGUGGAAGUGUCCCAACUCAAAGACAGUGUUUUUAACCUAAGAGAGGAGAAUAAACAGCUGAGGAAAGCCCACCAUGACAUCCACAUGCAACUACAAGAUGCUCGGGUUCAGCAUCAGGACCUGAAGUCAUCACACGACCAGCUCGCACUGACUCUUGAAGACCACAAGAGUGCGCUGGCUGCAGCUCAGGUGCAGGUGGAUGAGUACAAACAGCUCAGGGAAUCGCUGAACAAGGCACCCAACCCCCAGCAGCUGCAGCCCGCAUCCCAUACCCAUGAAGCCCAGCAGGCCGCAGGAUUGGAGCAGCUUCACAAAGACGAGCCCGCCCGUGAAGAACAUCACCAAGACACUGAAUCCAGGUUGAGCCACCAAGAAAAGGAAGCGCAUGCUCAGUCUCAGGUUGAGUCUCACCCCACCGUAUCCCAUCACACCUUGUCUGAGAAAGAGGAGGAUGGCGAGGGAGAGGCAGAGAGGAGGAGAGAACUGGCGGAGGAGGAGAUGGCCCAAGCAGGACAACCCCAGAAGCUGGAGGAGGACCCGGACCAACAGCAGGAUGAGCAGCAGCAGGAGGACGAAGAGGAGGAGGAAGGGGAGCAAGGACAAGAAGAGCCAGAUGAAAACGCCAUGGAGAUGCAUCAGCAGCAGCGGGGUCCCCAUCCAGAGCCGCAUCAGGAGGCCCACAUGCAGCACGAGGCACCCGGCCAGGCGGAGCGAGUGAAGACGGCCUACGAGCAGCAGCAGGAGCAGCAGCGGCUGGAGGCUCAGAGGGCCGAGGAGCGCAGGCAGCUCCAGAUGCGACAGGACGCCAUACAGGCCCAGAGGGAGAGGAUACUGAAGGAGAGGGAGCAGAGGCUGAAGCUGGAGCAGGAGAGAGAGCAGCAGCAUCACAGGGAGGCCGACAGACGGGAGCAGCUGCUGAGAGAGGAGCACCAGCGGAAGAGGACAGAGUAUGAAAACACCGACAAUGAUAUCGUCCAAGGAGAAGAGGAGCCUCACACUGAUGAUGAAGAAGAUCCUCACAUGUUACAAGAAGAGGAGGAGAAGCAAGAAGUGGAUCACAGAGUGCCACCACAUCAGCAGGGUGCCGUCGAGGGUGACCUGGACCCCGAGGAUGACCCCAACAACCAGGGCGAGGAUGAGUUCGAGGAGGCCGAGGAUGAGCAGCAUCAACACAGGGUCCCCGGGGGCGGGGAGGAGGAGGAGGAGGAUGGGGUAGAGGAAAAGGAGGAGCCGGCAGCACCAGCCCAACACGUAGACAGGCACCCAGGCCCCGAACAACCCGCUGUGGAGGAGGAACUGGUGAUGGCUGGAAACCCAGAUCAACAGGAAGACACUCUGGAUGACCAGUACCAGGAGGGAAUAGAGGAUGAGGCUCAGGAGGACAUAGCUGGUGGGCAGAAGAGAGAGGAGGACGUGGAGGAGGAAGGAGAGGAUCCAUAUAACGAGGAGAACAUAGAACAGGAUGGAGUAAAAGACCAGGAGGGACCACAGAAAGAAGAGGAUCACCGAAACCAGGCAGAGAAUAAUGAGGAAGAGAAUUACGAAGAGGAUGAAGAGGAGGUCGAAGAGGACAGGGCUGGUCGAGACAAGAGAACCAAUCGGAGGGCGGAGAUGUAAGACGGACGCAGACAUUGACCAGUUACAGUGCCUUUUUCUGGCUGCCUGUAGAGCCUUUCAGGUCCCUCUUUUCCCUUGUUUCCCAAAAGGAAUAAAACCAGCCAUCCACUCACAAUUCCAAUUAGGAAAGUUGGGAUAUUACGCCUGGAGAUAGGAAGCAAACACUGGGGUUGGAACUGAUCAGCUUACACUGUGGAAAUGGACAGAAUUUGUAGGGUGGAGAUGGGAUAUAUACUGUAUAUUUUUUUAUUCAACUGCCUCUCUGUCUACUUGCUCGUCUGCCUGAUGGCCUGUCUGGUUCUGUCUUCCUAAAAGCAGUAAGGCCGGGAAUGUAUUUUUAUCAUGUGCUGUCAUUGAGUAUGUGUAAAGAAAGCAGAGAUAAAUUAUGUUAUUCUAAUGUCCUCAUGUUCAGACCUUUUAUAUGUAUGUUUUAUGCAACAAGCUGUAUUCUUUGUAGUGCUCAAAUUUUAAUUUACAUUUUGCAUUCCAAUCGAACAAGUCAUUUUCUGUUAUUUAUUGUUGAUUGUAAUAACUCUGACAAUCGUAAAAGAGGUGCAACAUUUCCAUUUUUUUAUUUUUUUAUUUUUUUUACCCUGACUGAAAUAGUUUGUCUCAUAAUGGCUUUUACCGACUUUCUUGAAGCGCAUCUACAGGAGCGUUCUCACAAGAUAUUUCUGCAAACGCCAAUCAAAAAGACAUUUCUGGUGUCACACUGACACGUGCCUUUCCAUUCUUGGAAACUUCUUUUAGGUCUUAGUCAUUUUACAUUUGGAAAUGCAUUUCAGUAAGAAAGGAGAGAUAAGAGCGUCCCAGUUAGUGCUGAAACUCUAGCAUAUUGCUUCAGCACAGCCUUAAAUAGAGAACUGUUACAAGUCGACUGCUGGUGUGAAUUAAAUUCACAAACCUAAUGCAAUUUUCUGCCAACAUUUCAGUCUGCUGUACAGUGUACAGUCAAAUAAAUGCUGUCAAUUUGUACAUUUUCCACCAGUUAUAUUUGAGUGGGAUUUUGAUUGUAUUGAAGCACGUUUGUCACCUGAAUGGUGCAUGUGGAAUAAAGUGGUUGAAGGA